AACCUUCCAGGCCAAAGUCAACAGUAUUUUAUUUUAUAAUCCACAGCCGGAAGUUGUAGUUUAUUUUGGCUUGUGAAGCGCAAAUCCCCAAACAGCUAGCUAACUAGCUGAAAAGCUAGCAUAUCUCUAACAAAAUUACUUCGUCAAGAACCGCUUUCCUCCCGUGAUAUUGUAGACAUAGCAUUAAUGAAUUCAGUGUGUCCGGAGGAGCCGCUGUCUGCCUCUAAAGCGCCGAACUGUGAGGAAACUGAAGUGCUGAGUUCUGACGAAAUCUACCGGCUGGAGGAGCAAACUAAGACGGGCUAGCGGUAGCUGUUAGCCCCGAGAGGGGAGCGGAGGCGCCGGGAUCGGCGACCAUUUCUGUGAGAGCGGCUCCGAGCGCCGGCUGUCAGUCGGUGGGAAGGAGUGGGAUCAGCAGCCUAUGAGGAAACCACGUCAGAAAGGCCAGGUGGGCCCAGGAGGUGAAGCAGAUGUUAGGUCCAAUGGAGCGAUUGCUGGGAGAGGGGCUGGCCGCCAGCGAUCCCCUUCUCCUUAUAGCCUUAAAGCCUCUCCCACCCGAGAGACUCUUUCUUAUGCUCAGGCUCAGAAAGUGGUGGAGGUGGAAUUGGACGGAAGGCUCCACCGUAUUUCCGUCGUGGAGCCUUUGGAGGUCAUCACGGAGGAUGAAAUGAUGGCUCAGGACAUCAGUGAGUGCAACAGCAACAAAGAGAACAGCGAGCAGUCAUCAUCCCCCACCAGCAGUGCCCAAACACCCCGCAAACGCAUCAUACCAAGAGGUCGAAAGAAAGACUCCAAAUGUUUCUCCAUCAGGUCAACACAGCCCUCCAAGAACCACUGCCCCGGUGCUCGGCCACUGUCUUCAGAAAAGCUAAAUUCAUCACACGGUAACCAUGUGACUCUCCCAGAACCUAAGUUCAGCGUCCAGGAGACAUUCACGCCUGUCGAAGCUCCUCCUCUACCAGCAGCAUACUACCGUUACAUCGAACCCUCCAGUGAGGAGCAUGAAGGAAAGGCAGAAUAUGACAUGGAUGAGGAAGACACCGCCUGGCUGGAGAUGGUCAAUGCUGGCCGGACAUCCGACGGUUCCUCGGCUGUCUCCCCGGACACCUUUGAGCUUCUGAUAGAUCAGCUGGAGGAAGAAGCGUACCGUGAAGCCCGCAGCCGGGCGCCAUCUCAGAGCUCUAUUGAUGACGAUGCCUUCUGCUGUGUGUGCCUGGACGAUGAAUGUCUCAACAGUAAUGUCAUUCUCUUCUGUGACUCCUGUAACCUGGCUGUGCACCAGGAGUGUUAUGGGGUCCCCUACAUCCCCGAGGGCCAGUGGCUGUGCCGCUGCUGUCUGCAGUCUCCUCAGAAACCAGUUGACUGUGUUUUGUGUCCAAAUCGCGGCGGCGCCUUUAAGCAAACCAGCGAUGGUCGAUGGGCACACGUGGUCUGUGCUAUAUGGAUACCUGAGGUCUGUUUUGCCAACACGGUAUUUCUGGAGCCAGUAGAAGGAGUGAGUAAUAUUCCCCCAGCGCGCUGGAAACUGACCUGUUACCUGUGCAAGCAGAAAGGCCGCGGCGCAUCUAUUCAGUGUCACAAGGCCAACUGCUACACAGCGUUUCACGUGACGUGUGCUCAGCGCGCUGGCUUGUUCAUGAAGAUCGAGCCGGUGAGAGAAACAAACGUCAACGGAACGACAUUCUCUGUGAAGAAGACGGCGUUCUGCGAGGCCCAUUCCCCGCCGGGGCAGGACGCAGGGUCAGACGAAGAGACGGAAGGACGGGUGGUGGGGAGCCGAGGGAGGGCUAGUAGAGGACAGAGCGCCUACACAGUCGGUCCAGUCACACCAAAAAAAGGCAGAAAGCCAGAAGAGGAUGACAAGAGUGAUAAAAAGAAAGGGAAGAAGGCUGAAGAAGCAUCGCCCAAACACACGGGCUCAUUACAAGUUGCAAUUCCUCAGAUACCCACCAGCAGGUUGAAUAGCAUUUGCAAAGGAAUCUUCCUCCAAAGGAAAAGCCAGUUCUUACAGAGGUUGUACAACUACUGGCGACUGAAGCGCCAGUCCAGAAACGGCGUUCCGCUGGUCCGGCGUCUGCACUCGAACGUCCAUUCCCAAAGGAAUACAGAGCAGCCUGAAGUGGAUGAAAGGCUUUCUGCUGCACGAGAAGCUCUGAGAUAUUGGCAGAAGCUGCGGCAUGAUCUGGAGAAGGCGCGGCUGCUGGUGGAGCUGAUCCGCAAGAGAGAGAAACUCAAACGAGAGCAGGUCAAAGUUCAACAGGCGGCUCUGGAGAUGCAGUUGACCCCAAUGCUCAUGCUGCUUCGCUCAACUCUGGACCAACUUCAAGAGAAGGACACGGCCCACAUUUUUGGCCAGCCAGUUUGUAUAAAAGAAGUUCCUGACUACCUGGAGUUUAUCAGCCAUCCCAUGGACUUCUCCACCAUGCGCUCCAAGCUUGAAAGCCAUUUCUACCGCUCAGUGUCCGACCUGGAGGCAGACUUCAACCUCAUGGUGUCCAACUGCCUCCUCUACAAUGCCAGUGACACCGUCUUCCACAGAGCCGCACUACAUCUCCGGGACUUAGGGGGCGCCGUUUUGCGUCAUGCCCAACGACAAGCCACAAACAUUGGCCUGGAUUUGGACAGUGGCAUGCACCUCGCAGAGUCUCCCCAGAAGAGAGACUUCUACAGCUGCACCUGGGAGGACGUCGACAGUGUGCUGGAUCCCAAUAACCGGCUCCACAUGAGCGUGGAAGACCAGCUGAAGGAGCUCCUGGAGAAGCUGGACUUUGUCACCUCCAUGCGCUGCAGCGGCGCCCGAACCCGCCGCAUGCGCCUCCUCCGUCGGGAGAUCAACAGUAUUCGCUAUAGGCAGGGCCAGCCCCCCCGCCACAGCCUCCUCAAUGGGCAUCUUAAGGAAGAGGAGGAGGAGGAUGAAGACGACGGUGAUGAAAAAGCGGCAAAGACGGAGAACAGCCGUUUGUCCUCCGACAAAGAAGACCUCAAAUCCACUUCCCCCCCAACACUGGAACCAACAGGCCCGGCUCCUCCUCCGCGACGGGGGGACACACUUCUGGAGCCUCCCACGCUGCGGCCCAUCACAGCGGAGCCCCCCGGUUGGCCCUGCAAGCGGCUGAAGAUGGACGGCGAUGUGUCAAGCGGCCCCUCUGACAGCAUUGAGGACCAGGAACGGUCUACAGCGCCACAUUUGCACGGUCAGGAGGUGUCCAACGGCCUGACGGCACACAAUCCUCCACCGUGUCAUUCCACCGGGGGCGUGGGGCGCCGGACUUCUGUGUUAUUUAAGAAAGCAAAAAAUGGUGCCAAGCUCUUCCGAGAAAGAGACAGGACUUUAUGGAAUGGGAAAGGAGCACAGGAGGAACACAACUUCACAGGACCCAACUCCUCCUCAACAACCCCCUCCACUACUCCUCUGUCCACCCCGACCAAGACCCCGCAGAAAAGCCCAGGACCCCCUCUCCUGUCCACACAAGACCUGUGCUCAGAUCCUGAGCUGCAGAGGAUGCAGACGCUGGAAAGUGGACUAACAAAUGGCUUCAGCGUUGUGGACGGGUCUGACUCCGCGUCCUGUCCAGUUCUGCACAAAGAAACCAGCUCUCCCCCCAAACGAAGCCUUGGAAAACCGGCUCUUUCCAAAGUUCCUCUCUUUGAGAUGCUAAAUGGAGAUUCCGAUUACUCUGGAGCCGGCAGCCAAACACCGGAGCGGGACAUGGAGCUGGAGCCUCUGGAGCUGGUGUGGGCCAAAUGCCGCGGAUACCCAUCAUACCCGGCGCUGAUUAUUGAUCCAGACAUGCCACAAGAGGGCCUACUGCACAAUGGAGUUCCCAUACCUGUCCCACCCAAGGACGUCCUGCACCUGGGGGAGCAGAGACAGGAGGACGCCAAUGAAAAACUCUACCUGGUUCUUUUUUUUGACAACAAGCGGACAUGGCAGUGGCUUCCCCGGGACAAGAUGACCCCUCUGGGCGUGGAUGACACGGCUGACAAGCUGCGCAUUAUGGAGGGUCGCAAGUCCAGCAUCCGCAAGUCCGUGCAGGUGGCGUACGACCGGGCCAUGAUCCACAUGAGCCGAGUCAGCCACAGCCACUGCUUUGUGGCCCCCAACUUCUUUUAAAGGCGGGGGAGGACUCCACAUCACAGAGACACUGGCGUCUGACAGCAGAGCUGUAAGUGAAGCCACUAAACCCCAUGGUGGAAUGGUGUGUCCCGGUCUGGGAUUUUGAAGGUCUUGGAUUUUUUCUGCCUGGAUAUCAACAGAAUCUCUGCCUAGCAACAGAUGAUCACUGCCAUGUUUUUACAGAACCUUUUCUACGUUCAUCUUUUCCUAAAGAACUCGUGUACAUUUUAACGGCACACUUUUGUACAUAUGAAUGUGUAAUUACGAAAUCCUUUUAAUUUAAUGUUGCUGUUUUAAAUGCGUAUUUCAAUCAGCUGACGAGUCACAGAGGGACUUAUGGGGGGAUCCUCAGCGAACAAAAACGAGCCGUUCUUUAUAUUUGAAUUCUCUUUUUAUACAGAGAAAAAUAGUUUAUUUAUGAAAGAUUUAAAACAAGAAAUAGAGCUAUAUUGGAUAAAUUCAGAGAUCGACUUAUUUAAAUCAAAAGCUAAUAAGUUUUAAAACCCAUUAUUUGAUAGAAACCUGUUUCUGGAGUCAAACUGUCAGCCCCACUCAUGGUUUUAUUUAUUCCCACAACACAACGUCAGCAGAUGACAGAACUGUCUCCUGAUAAUCACUUAAUUUUCUCCUGUCAGUAUUUCCUCAUUUUGGAAAAUGAUUUAUUAAAAACUCUAUGAGAACUUG